AUGCUUCUCGUAUCCAGCUGCCUCGUGGCAGCUCUCGCACUAUCCGUCAAUGCACAGUCUAACGCAACUGAUGCAGGCGGCCCUGCAGACUACAUUGUAUCGACUAACUCAACCGAUGCAAUCGAGCCUCCAGACUUCAAUGUUACUCAAGCGCUAGUAGACAUGGGAGUCAACGUGUCCGCACUUCCUGUUGACCAACUUGUUAAACGCUCGUCUAACUUUGCUUGUCAACUUGCCUGCGGCUCUUUGCAGUUUCUCUACGGUGGCAGUAAGGUCGAGUACAGCAAUGAUGCUGGAUAUGACACGUUCACGUCAGGCUACUGGUCUCAGAUUCAAGAGAAUGUGAACCCCUACUGCAUUUUCAAAGCGCCUGACAAAAACGCCAUCUCGGUUGUGGUUCUGCUGUCUCGGUUGACGAGCUGCCCUUUUGCGGUCAAGAGUGGCGGCCAUGCAGCAUUCCAAGGUGCUUCCAACAUCGAAGGCGGUAUCACUGUCUCCCUAGCCGCUCUCAACUCUAUCCAGGUUUCCAGUGACAAGAAAACUGUCGCAAUCGGACCGGGCAAUACCUGGAAUUCGGUGUAUACAGCGCUCCAGCCAUACAAUAUUGCAGUGAUUGGCGGACGCGUCGCACCCAUCGGAGUUGGUGGUCUGACGACUGGAGGUGGAAUAUCCUUCUUUUCUUCUCUCUAUGGAUGGGCGUGCGAUAACGUUGCCUCGUACGACGUUGUUCUUGCCUCGGGGGCCCAGGUCACCGCUUCGCCAACCUCAUUUCCCGACCUCUAUUGGGCUCUUCGCGGUGGUGGCAACAACUUCGGUAUUGUCGUUAACUUCAAUCUUAAUGCCAUCAGCCUGCCCGGAGGCCAAAUGUGGGGCGGCGACCGUGUCUACCUGGAAGAUCAAUUCCCUGGCCUCGCUGCGGCUUUUGCCGGUGUUGUGGAGGAUUCUCCGAACGAUGGCAACGCAGGCCAAUGGGUUGCCUGGCUGGAGAGUAAUGGGACCAAGCUCGCUGCUACAGAGCUCUACUACGCCCAGCCGAAUGGUGGAAGUGCCGCAAUCUGGAACAAUUAUAACGCCCUCACUGCCAUCUCGGACACGACGCAAAACCGAGUGUUGGCAGCUUACACCCAAGAGUUGGCGCAAUCGAAUCCCUACGGCCUGCGUGAAACAUACUACGGCUUGACUGUGAAAGCUGACGAAUCCCUCGCGGUGCUCGCAAAGGAUAUCUUCUAUCAAGCACUACCCGCUACAGCAAAUGUGGCUGGCGCAAAUCCAGUUCUCAUCUAUCAGGGCAUCACGCUGCCGAUGAUCGAAGCCAUGCAGAAGAACGGCGGCAACCCUCUGGGUAUUUCUGUUUCCGACGGGCCACUCUAUUUGAUCCAUGUCGCUUGCUGGUGGGACAACGCGUCUGAUGACGCCACUAUCUACGCUUUCAUCACGAACGUGUUGAACCAGAUCAAGGCCGCGGCAACUGCUAUUGGAAAGCAGAACGACUACAUCUAUAUGAACUACGGUGGCGUGUAUGAGGAUGUGAUCAAGAGUUAUGGCUCGACCAACAAGGCGCAACUCAAGAGCAUCGCUCAGAAAUACGACCCCCAGCAGGUCUUCCAGAUCCUGCAGCCAGGCUAUUUCAAGCUUGACCGGGCUCCGGUCGUGGAUUCGAGCUACUUCUCGGGAUAG